AUGGGCGCGCACGUGUCGCGACACGUUGACGAGCGGCUCGACGACCUGGAGGUGUAUCAGCGCGCAGUGGCCGCCACGUUCUCGGAGCGAUCCAAGCCGCCAUCCGACGGCGUCGACGCGGCGCCGGGCAUUCAACAAGCGCAGCUUCUAGACGCGUGCAAGGCGGUGCUUCAGCGAAUAUCGGCGGAACUGGAUCCGCGCGCCGGCCGCGUCUGCCUGCGCGUGCCCACCCCGCGCGACCUGGACUUCGCGCUUUCCCGCCACCCCGCUCUCGCGCAGCUGCCCAUGCUCUCCUUCGCGGAGUUCGAGCGCGUCACGCGCUGCGUCUUAAAGCGCGUCGCCGCGGAUCGCGGGCGCCGCCUACUUCUAUUCGUCACAGGCGGAGUAAUAGCGGUGCAAAUGGCUAAGGGCACUAUCCGUAAGGUUCCGCUCGUGGGGGGAUUGGUAGCGGCGCUAGUAAGCAUUGUUUUUCCGACGUCCGUAGUAGGCAGCGCCACCGUCGCAGGCAGCGUCACCGUCGCAGGCACCAUCAUCGUCGCAGGAAGCAUCAUCGUCGCAGGCAAUAUCAUCGUCGCAGGCAAUAUCAUCGUCGCAGGGAAUAUCAUCGUCGCAGGAAGCAACACCGUCGCUUGCACAUCGUGGGCCGUCAGAUCGUCAACUUCCACCGCCAGAUCUUCCCCCAUCAUGCACAUCCAACCGUCCACGUUUCUCCGCUCUCGCUCCACCACCACUGGCCUCAUGUCUUCUCCUUUCCUACCGCUCUCAUCAUCAUCAUCAUCAUCAUCAUCAUCGCUACCGUCUCUCAGUCACGUCCUAUCCUCCGCACACAGCAAGAUCGAGCAUCAUGCGCUUCCGCGCCGCGCACCCCUCCCCACGGUCUCCGCGCGCGGGCGUUUCCGCCGGUCUUCUCGCCGGACGGAACCCGUUAGAAGCACCCAACCGCACCAGCAGCAGCACCAGCAGCACCACCAGCAGCAGCAGCAGCAGCAGCAUCAAGAGCGGGGAACGCGGGAAGGCGUGUAUGUUGACGUGGUAGUUAGCAGCCAGUCAUCUGCGAGGCACGGCUCGGUUCGGCUGAGCGAGACGCGGAAAGGCGUGGCACGCGCGCCGGCAUCCGCUGGGAUUGCAUCGGACGGACGACAGGCCCAGACAAGCAGGGGGGGGCAGAGAUUGACGGCUGAGCAAGCUGCAGCGCCUUCCGUCUCAAGCCAUCGAGUGGGCUUGAGGGCCUCAGUUUCCCCAUGGGCACUGGCAGCAGGGGGAGGCUCGCUGCUGCUCUUACUAGCUGCUGCUGCAGCGGCCUAUGUGCAGCGGCUGAGGGGAGGAGGGAGGGAGAGGAGCGUGGACUUUCUUGCGAGAAGAGGAUUCGUCUCUUCAGAUAGAAGCGAGCCGCUGAACGUGAUAUCGCAGUAUGACGACCCCACAUCGGUGCUCAACUAUCGUGUGGGCAACACGAUGCUGGUUCAAAUGGAGCCACUGCCGCCACUCACUGCUGAGAAGAUGGAAUUUCAUAGGCAGCAGCGGCAGAAGGAGCAUGGAUGGAAAAAGCCACAGGUGGUGCUGGUGGAGGGAGAUCCUGUGCCAGGUGGGAUCGAUCCCAUGACAGUGCGCUUCAUACCCAGAAGACACCCCUUUGCACUCAACCAGGAUGAGAGUGAGGAGAUUCUGUCGGAGGACGUGGCACGGCGGCGGCUGAAUCAGAGGAGGGGGCGGCCGGAGAAGGAGCAGGAGAGGAGCCGCAGGCAGCUGCAGCAGCUGCGGCAGGAGGUGGAAGGCAGGGAGAGAAUAGCAGAGGAGAGAGGUGCUGCGGGGGAUAAUGUUGGGGGAGGCGGCUUGGGCAUGCAGCAACCAAGAACGUCACCUCAUCCUGGUAACUUUCAGUUCUCCAGAGCGCACACAGACAACGGUAAUGCACUGUGA